AUGUCUCACUACCCACCACCCCCAACGCCACACCUGCGUAGACGUGGCAACGACGCCUCAGGAUACGGGCAAGCGCCACCGAAUCUACACCAAGCAUUCAUGAGAACUGAUCCUCGACAGGCAUUUUCCGACCGUAGCAAAUCUUCCUCCGACAGUCGAAGUAGCGGUAGACAGGCGAGUGAGCAAGCUACUGACGAACAUGGCCGUCGUCCGCGACUUACGAUUCAGCUGCCGACGCCCAAGAGUUCGCCAGAGUCGGAAAUUUUGCAGAGCCCGAGGGACUUGGCGCGGCUAAGUCCUGUCGAUGCGGAGACGGCUUUGGUGGAUCGGUUUAGGAAACCCGUCUCCAAAGUGUCUCACCCUGCCUGUCUCACCCUGCCUGUCUCACCCCCGGACAACGUUGUACUACGCGGGAUGCGGAAGAAGCUCACCCAAAUGAAGAACAAGCCAAUCAUGCACACGGGCCCCUCGCUACCCGCGCACGAAUCUCAGACGGAGAUUCUCCGACCUUGGAUUUGGCCGCAAGACAGCUGUUUCAGCAGGCGGUUCCGCCUGGCUUCAACACCAACACUGACUUUGGUGAUUCUGGCCGGGGAUGAAAGUAUGGGUGCUCUCGCCGCGGUAGAGGACGUUGCGAUGCGGGUAGAGGUAAUUCUGCAUGGAUAUGGAGACCGUCUCCGCGACUCCCGACAUCAUCCGGACAUCUCCCAAGAAACAAUUCCAGCAACCCCAGCCGUAAGUAUUAAAGCUGACAACUCCGAAAUCCAUCUUCACCAUGGACGGCAAGCUCAACGAAGCAGAGGCUGUCGCUCACAGACCCCUUCACAUCAUUCCGAGUCAAAUGCAGACACGGCUUCGAUUUCUUCUACAGAAUCCCUGCCGUCCACCACCUCACCCGUCUUCUCCCCGCCUCCACGCGUAUCCUGCGACGUCGUGGCGCGCAACCCGAUCCCCGCCACCAGCCAGCGCUACUUCGGACCUGAGAACGUGGGCCGCGCGGAUAUCGACGACGGCGAAGAGGCUACUGUGGUAGAUUUUGGCAGUACCGCAGGUGCAGAUGCGCGUAGACGUAGACUCAGUUUGCAGAUGCAGGAGUGGUGGGUGUGGAGCAAGGAGCUGGAAACACUUGAGAAGUGGUCCAUCGAUUUUGACGAGGUUCAGCAUCGGGGAGACGAGAGAUAG